AUGUAUACCAAGGCCACUCUGAUCUCGGCCAUCCUGGCCGUGGCUGAGGCCCGUUUCGGCCAAGAGCAGCUCCCCGUUGCCGAUAUCCAGGCCCUGGGCAACUUCGGCAACGCCGGCGAAGCCCCGACUCUCGCCGGCCAGGUCCCGGGUGUUCUGCUCGCCGCCGCCAACCCGUGCAACAAGCUCACCCUUGCCGACACGAUUGUUGAAACUCUCGGUAACGAUCCCCAGGUCAUUGCUGCGGCGCAGAAGCUUGUUGCUGCCGAGCAGAACUUCAACCCCUUUGCCGUCAGCAUUCCCAACAUCUGCGGCGAUGCCAGUCUCCCUGCCACCGCCGAGCUCCGCGGUAUUGUUCCUCUAGUUGAUCCUGCUGUCGGCGGCUCCGACAUCGAGAACGCCAACUCGGCGACUUCUCUCCAAAAUCCGUUUGAUGCCAACGGGCUCAGCGUUGCCGAUGUCAUGAUCGCCCAAGGCUUCUCGAACUUCACUGUGAACGGCGCUGCUGCUGGAGGGAACGGCAACAACAACAACAACAAUGGUAACGGAAACAACAAUAACGGAAAUAACAACGCCGGUAACAACAACAACAAUAACAACAACGGGUGUGGAUCGAGGACCACGAGCACUACCGCCGCCCCUGCCGCUACCACUACUGCCGCUACCGGCAACGGAAACAACAAUGGCAACAACAACAACGGGAACAACAACAACAACAAUGGCGGAAAUGCCAGCGUCGGCAACGGCGUCGGCGCGGUCGAUGACCCGGUGACCGGUACCUUUGCGGGCUUCCAGGCGUCGUCGCUCGGUCUCGACUUCGGGACCUGCACGCCGACGGUGAAGUUCGAGGAGUCGCUGAACGGGCGCAAGGCGGGCGAGUUUACGUUCCAGGCGCAGGACCCGGUGGUGAACCGGGGCCAGCAGGAGGCGCUGAACCCUAACAUCAUCUUCAACCGGAUCUGCGACCAGCUCGGCAACGUGUGCGACGCCGCCGACGACGCCGUCGCCGCCUGCCGCGACGCCCAGGCCCAGCUCGGCACCGCCACCAGGGACGCCACCACCGCUGACGCCUGGAACGCCGCCCUCGGCUUCGCCGGCACCGACCUCAACCCCGACAACGCCCCCAAGGCCGGCCUCAUCGGCCACACAUAG